GGGCGGGAGGCGGGGCCGGGAGGAGCCCGGAGCCGUGUCCCGUGCCGUGUCCUGUGCCGUGCCGGGGGCGAGGGAGCGGCUCCGGGGGAUGCACCGCCUUGCUGCGCCGCCGAUGUGAGGGAAGGGGAGCGCCAGUCCCGGACCAUGGCGGCCCCCGGAGCCCCUGGAGACUAUGAUGUGCUGAUUGUGUAUGCAAGUGACGCCGUUGAAUGGUGUCAGUACCUCCAGAACCUCUUCCUCUUCACUUGGCAAAUUCGAAAGCAUCGUAUUCUGACCUACCAGCUUCAAGACAACUCUGCCAUCACCCACCAAGAGCUGGACCUGUUCAGCAGAAGUCGGAGUAUCAUCCUUUUGCUUUCUGCUGAGCUGGUGCAGAGUUUUUACAUUCCUCACAUCCUGCAGAGCCUUCAGGAGGCUUUAUGGCCCCCGUGCAAAGUAGUCAAGCUGUUUUGUGGUGUUACGGACUGUGAUGAUUAUUUGACUUUUUUCAAGGACUGGUCUCAGUGGCAAGAACUCACAAAUGAUGAUGAGCCUGAUGCUUACCUUGCAGCUGUUGAGAAGGCUAUUUCAGAAGACUCAGGCUGUGACUCUGUGACUGAUACAGAAACAGAAGACGAGAAGAAUCCAGUUGACUCCCACAGACCUGCCAUGACUGAAGAACCUGGAUCAUCCAAGAGCACUGGGGACUGUCCAGUGGUGCAGCCCAGCCGCAUACAAUGUGGGGUGCAGACAACAGUUUAUAUUAUCAUGAAAUGUAAACUAGAAGGUGAAAUGAAAACUGAAGUUGAAUUUUCUCCAGAGAAUGCAUCCUCUGUGCGUGUGCUGGCUGAGAUGGAGAAUGAAUACACAAUCUCUGUGAAGGCUCCAAAUUUAACCUCUGGGACAGUGCCCCUGCAGAUAUAUUCAGGAGACUUGAUGGUGGGAGCAACAAGUGUAACUUACCAUACUGACAUGGAGGAAAUCAGCAAUCUGUUGGCGAAUGCAGCCAACCCUGUACAGUUCAUGUGCCAGGCCUUUAAAAUUGUGCCAUACAGCAUAGAAGCCCUAGACAAGCUAUUGACUGAGUCUCUCAAGAAGAACAUUCCUGCCAGUGGUCUACACCUGUUUGGAAUCAACCAGCUGGAAGAAGAAGAUAUGACAGCAAAUCAGAGGGAUGAGGAGUUGCCAACACUGCUUCACUUCUCUGCAAGAUACGGGCUGAAGAACCUUACUGCCUUGCUGCUUACAUGCCCUGGAGCACUGCAGGCCUACAGCGUAGCCAACAAGUAUGGCCACUAUCCAAACACCAUAGCAGAAAAGCAUGGCUUUAAGGAUCUCCGCCAGUUCAUUGAUGAAUAUGUGGAAACUGCAGAUAUGCUAAAGAGUCACAUUAAGGAAGAGCUGAUGCAAGGCGAGGAGGAUGAGUCUGUAUACGAGUCCAUGGCUCAUCUGUCCACUGAUCUGUUGAUGAAAUGUUCCUUGAAUCCAGGCUCCGAUGAAGAGCUUUAUGAAUCCAUGGCUGGAUUUGUCCCGGGUGCCCCAGAAGAUCUUUAUGUAGAGAUGCUUCAAUCCAAACCAGACACUUCAGUUGCUGGAGAUGAAGUUUCUAUAACUACCAAAGACUCAAUGCUCCGCAAGUUUUUAGAAGGUGGUAGCAUGAAUGCACCAGAUUCUGAGGAAGGAGGUAACGAGCAGUAUGGUGAAGAUGUAUACUACUCAGUGGAACAAGACCCUUUUCCACAGGAAAUGGCUAACAGACCUCCAGUUCCUGUUCCAAGACCAGAAUCUAGCUCUCCACAGCCAGACAAUGAGCUGUACAUCUCCAAAAUUUUUGCACAGAAGGCUCAAAGACCUGAGAAUCUUUAUGUCCCUAGAGGAAGGGUUAAGAAAGAGACAAUAGUCAGGCCUGUAAGAGACCUGUCUCAAUCAAGUAUAUAUGAUCCAUUUGCUGGAAUGAAAACCCCAGGUCAGCGGCAGCUGAUAACAUUACAGGAGCAAGUGAAAAUGGGGAUCCUCACUGUGGAUGAAGCCGUACUUCAUUUUAAGGAGUGGCAACUGAAUCAGAAAAAGAGAUCAGAAUCCUUCCGGUUCCAGCAGGAAAAUCUGAAACGUCUACGAGACAGCAUAACCAGGAGGCAAAUAGAGAAGCAAAAAAAAGACAAAAGUGCAGAUUUGGAAAUUACAGUACCCAUUCGACAUUCUCAUAAUACUUUGGGGAAACCAGAAUGUGGAAUAUAUGAAUACACCCCCAGGAGAAACGUUUUUCCACCAAAAAAGGAGUUAAAACGAGGAGACUGGAAAACAGAAAGCACAUCCAGCACAACAAGUAGUGCAAGUAACCGCUCCAGCACUCGGAGUAUAUUGAGUGUCAGCAGUGGGAUGGAAGGGGACAGUGAGGACAGUGAAGUCCCAGAAACAGCAAGGAGCCGCAGCCCAACUUCUCACCAAGUAGAGAGGCUUCCUUUCCCAGAAAGGCCUCCCAGAGUGCCUCCUCGAGGUGCAAGCAGGCCUGUAAGCUGUGAAGGCUUUUAUCCUCCACCUGUGCCCCCAAGAGGUCGCUGAAUCUCUCAACAUCUGUGGAAUAUGAGACUUUUUUUGUUUAUAUAUGUGUUUGUACAGAUAUUUUUUUGGGCUGCGUUAAAUUAUUUAUAAGUGGGACCCAAAUAAUUUCAUCCGCCCUGAAGCUCUGGUGACUUUCCCCAUGAUUUUCACUGGGACCUUUUGGUGUUCUAUAACUUUUUUUUAGUUGGAAGAAUUUUGGUGCUUUGGGGCUUCAAGAAAAGGUAUCAUCAUUGGGUAGAACAUUGUGUAUCUUGGGAGCCCUGCACCAACAUGAAGAUCCCAUUUGAUCAAGAAAGCACAUGUGUCCUUUUAGGAACUAAAUCCUGAUAAGCAUGGUUACCAAACCUCAGUAUGGUGUAUCAGGGCUUGACUGGAAAACAUGCUUAAAAAGUAAAGAAAAUAAGAUGUUUGAAAAAUGCUCAUUACAUCAGGAACAGGUGAAUGUACUACUGCUUGGCAUAACAUUUUGGAUACGAUUAUACUGACCUUUCAGAAGGUGUAGCAACCCCCUUUAGCGAUCAUUAAACCAUGGGGGAUGAGAAAUUGUCUUCAAGAAUGUAUUUUGCAUACAGCCUUGAAAAUGCCUUUCCUUUUCCUGUUGGCUUCCUGAAGAGGACAGACAAGGCGUUGUGUUUGUUCUAUUUACCAUGAAAAUUCCUAAGACAUCUGGUAAGGGACCUUCUGUAUCCCAAACAAACUGUGCUUAAACCUUUUUCAGGCAGGGUGUUACAAAAUCACAUGACUGAGCUCUCAAAUUAGAGAAGGACUUGGUGGCAGUGCUGUGUUCUGUGUCUCUUAUAUGUGGUCAUUAUGCAGCAAUAUGAAGGCAUUUCACUUCAUACUCUGGAACAGUAGUGAGUCUCCAAUUAUCAGUGCACACCUCUCACAAAUACCAGCUGUAUUUUAGCUGGCUGCAGUGGGAACAGCCAGCCUGAGGCUGGACUCUGCUUGCUCUACUGUCCCUUUCUACCAAUGUGAAUCUGCAGCAGCUAUGUGCAGCCCUUUUUCUGAACGAGGGCUUACAAACUUAAGGAGACUUCCUGGUCUGGCUCACUUCCAGACCUUGAAAUCUUCUGUGCAUCCCAACCCUUGAGAGACAAUUUAAGGUUCUGGUUGUGCAUGAGUGGCACAGAUGGGAAUUUGCAAGAUAGCAUUCAGGGUAGAGAAUUAAACAUCAUUGCAUACUUGGUUUUCAGGGAUGAAGAAAUGGGGUAAUGGCUUGAAAAACAGACAGAUCUGUAUUAGGUGAUCCCUCAGGUAUAGGUAGAGCUUCUGUCUGAUCCUGUCAGCUCCCCUUCAUCUGUAGGAGAGCAGGUGACAGGGUUGCAGUUCCUUUCUCUUGCAGGGUGGCAAACCCAAUGCAUGAAGCUGCAAAAGUGACAGCAACCAUGACUUGACCAGCACUGAAUGAAGAUGGAGAAGCCCCUGCUGCUUUCAGGGAUGUCGGAAUCUGUGGUAUUGAUGAUUCCGAGAUUGUAAGAAGUCUCUGUAUUUCUGCCCCGUUGCCAAAGAAGAAGCCAUAAUUCGUCUGUGCUGUUUUCAAGGUUGUUUAUUCUUGCUUAUCUCUAACAUGUUCUGCUGCCCUGCCACAGCUCUGUCCUGCAGGGCAGCAUGCGGGGCUCUGCCCCUCAGUGGGAUGUUACAAAUAUUAUAUACCAGAAAAUACUUGUGCUAUUUACAAUAAUGUGUCAAUAUCUAUCACCUACGUUGAACAGUGUGUCCCCAGCAUGGAGGGCAUGAAGAAGGAGAAAAAGGACAAAACACACCCAAUUUCCUCCAUCUUGUCCCCUUUGAACCCCUAAUCUAGAAACCUAAAGUUUCACUUUUGCAUCCAUGCCACACUUAAUUAUUAUUCAUAUCAAACACUCAGAGCUUGUAUUUCAUCCUGUAAGAUUGAAAACUCUUUUCCAUGGACAGAGAUCUAAGACAGUGUCUCUCGGGGCUCUGUCCAGGGGGGUUCCUGACCUCUGCCAGGGUCCCAGGCCCUCCAGGGCAGCCAGAGGGAAGCCCUGGAUUCCCCCACAAGGAUAUAGGCAUAUGCUAAAUAUCACCUAUACAUUAGGCUCAUAGGAUUUGGGAGCUUCCAAAUGCAGUUCAUAAAUCCUCUCCUUUUGAUGGCAGAGGGAUGCAGGUGUUGUGCUUUAUACACAGCACAACAGAUACAGAGGUGUCCUUUCUUUUUUUUUUUUAUUUUAUUUUUAAAGGAACCUCAGUGUUGUCUCCAGUAACUGCCACUAUAGAUUCACAGUGAAUUUGCUUUUGUUCGCUGUAGCCAGGGGAAUGGUGAGAGCUGCCUUCCUGUGCUCUUCUUGGAAUGAAACAACGUUUCCAGCUCUAUUACCUCAAAUUGGAAGGAGGUUUUGGUGCUGAAAUGAGGAAAAUAGUAACAAGGAUAAGUGAAGAAAUUAGGGAUAAAAGAGAUAAACCAAAAGAAAUUCAGCAGCUUGAUUGUGUUCAGCUGUCACAUGUAUUGGUUUGCACACAGCUCCCUGGUUUUGCUCAAAAAUUCCCUAUCUUCUUGGUGCUGACUGCAGCUGUGCCCCAGGCCUUGGGAGCUGUGAUGUGGUAAGAGGAAUUUGUCUGCUUUCACAUCUACAAGGUACAACUUAACGUAGAAUUGUAGGAGGUGGGUAAAACUGUAAUAAGGCAGGAAAAGAAGAGCAAAUUAUAUGUGUAUCAUGCAGAUUUUCUUUCAGCACUGUUGGACUGAAGCAGCCCAGUGAUCCAUCUCUCCAAGUUAAUUUUUAAUUCUGCAUCCCCUCCAAGUUAUAGCCAAAUAUCUAUGGGGGGGGAUUUAUCUGAGCAUCUGACUUUGCAGAAUCCUAAUAGCUGUGAACUGGACAAUUAUUGCAUGUGCUGUGGAGAGAUGGUUAUAUCUGAAUUACUGAAAAGUAGCUCCUAAGUAACCCUUCAGUCCCUCUCCCAUUUGAAGCUUGGAUACUUCAUUACUCUGACCUGACCUCUCACAUAAAGCCAAAUGCUGGUGGGGCUCUGGGAGAGGUGAGCUGGGAAAAGGGGAGCUGAGCCAUACUGUAAAUGCAUUCUCUUCAGGCCCCUUCUGCACUGCUUAAGGGAGAGAAACUGAAGAUGCAGCUGUAGUUUCAAGCAUUCCUGUCUCACUGCUGCUGGAUUAGUGAGGGAUCUCAGUAACCAACAAUCACUGCAAAACUCUCACCCUAUCAAGGAAAAAAGGAACAGCACUAAGAUGGCUUUACUGUUGGAUGCAGGUAAAAAAAAAAACUGGAUGCAGUCAUGUCUUUCAAGCUUCUUACAGGCUAACAGUGAUGCACCUGCUUAGCCACCAAAGUGUGUGUUCCAUGUAGGUUGGAUUCAUCUAGUUGCUUUCAGCCUCCUACAUUUCAAUGUAUGCAGCCCCUGUAUCUGUAUUUUUGCUGGUGAGCAUGUGGUGUGUGUUGCUUCCACCCAGGAUGAAAAAUGCACUAAAACUGAAGAUCAGAAGAGACCAAAGAAACAGUGUGCAUGCAGAUUGAUGGUUAUUUAAGAAUAUGCUUGGGAGGGAAAGUGGAAAGGGAAAAUGUGAACAGUGUUUCUGAUGCACAUUAGAGCUCAAGGACUGAAUAGAUAAUAAAAUUGCUUGUAAAAACUUAAAUGGCCUGGCCAAUUGUAGGGGCAUCAACCAAUCCACCAAACUCAGGUGCCAGCUGGCAGGCCUGGGGAAAGUGUUUGUUCUUUGUACAGCAUGCCUUGCAAACCCUGCUGCAGCAGAUGGCUCUGGUUGGCCCUGGUGCUGAGAGGCUUAAGUACUGAAUAAAUUGGAGAUGCUGAAGCCUCCUCUCUCUGUCUCCCAAGGGUAAGCUACUCUAUUUUGGACUGAGAUGCAUUGACUAGAAAGAAACAUAUGGUGUUAUCAAAACUGUCUAGGUUUUCUUUUUUUUAGUCUGUAUGUGUGUGUGUGUGUAAUACAAGCAUGGCUUUUGCAUGAGUUUUGGCAAGUAUCUCUACAGGGAUUUUGCUCCUGCUGAAACAGUGCAUGCACUAUCUCCGGAAUUUCUGGAAAAGGCUUCAGAUAAAAUAUACCUUGUGAAAUAUGUUCAGAGAAGGUAGAGGGAAUGAGUGAAACCACAAGAGGAAAAGCUUUUAGCAUAGGUAUGAUGGUAACAGGGAAAUCUGUUUUCUGCAUCAUUUCCACAAAGCAUGGAUGACAUGUAACAGCAUAGAGUUCCUGCCUUCUGCUCAUAUCAUUUGUUGUCUGUCUGCUUGUUUGUUGGCUCUGUUUAUUUGAGAAGAUGGUAUAGUGCCCCCCUUUUUAGAAGAAUAUGUAAGAUAACUUUUGACAUUUUUUAAUGUAAUUAAUUUUAAAGUUGUCUGAUGAAUCAGUGUUCAAUACUAUGAGCGUUUUGGACUGA